CACCGCCGGAGAACACGGCCACAGCGGUGUCUCAAAAGUAUAAUACAACAUCGGCUUGCUGGUGAUCAUGUCCUUAUUAUCACUAUGGCGCUUUCCGUCAAUAACAAGCGGCCUCUUUUCUCCAGCUGGUCUAGGGUCCGUGCGUACGGCCACCAAGCGUGCUGGAGGUACCGUCCGUAACGGCGGUGGCUCUCCCGGAAAGCGUCUCGGUGUGAAGAAGUUCUCGGAUCAAUAUGUCAUCCCGGGCAACAUCAUAGUCCGUCAAAGAGGCACACAAUUUCACCCUGGACAGCAUGUAAAAAUGGGGCGAGACCACACCAUCUAUGCCACAGUCCCAGGCUACGUUCGCUUUUACAAGGAGAAGUGGAUGCGGGGCGAGCGGAAAUUUGUUGGGGUUGUCCUGGAACGGGGAGAGCGGUUGCCUCGAGAUGACACAGCUCUAGGUCGCAGUCGGUAUUUCGGGCUUGUCAAUCUCGCUGCUCGUUCGACGAGUACACCAAUACAGAAGACGGCUUGAAUACUGCAGGUCGCUGUCAUGGUCUGGCUUACUCCGGUGAUACCAGUGUGUUGAACUGCUUCAUUCGUGAGAGUUUUUGUCUCCUCGUUAGUUGCACG